GUCCUGUUCGUGGGCCGCUCGUCCCACCGCGCCACGCAACGGCCACGCUCGCGUGCGCUCUCAUACCACAACCGUCGUCGCGGGGCAGCCCGCGGCGGCGUCGCCACGAUCGCCGCCGACGACCGGCGGUGGGAGCCCCUCGUCGCAGCGGGCAUCACCUACGCCGCCAUGGCCGCCCUGUUCGGCGACGCGACGGACUGGAGCGCCUGCACGGCGCUACUCGCAGCCGGCGGCGUCGGCGCCCUCGUGAGCUGCGCCUGCGCCAUGGGCGACGACGAGCCGACGGCCGAGGACGCGGCCGCGGCCUGGGGCGCGCAACAGGACCCGCGGCCGGCGGCGACCGUGACCUGGGACGGCGACAAGCACCCGCCGGCGCCGACGCACCGGGCCGGCGUCCCCCCGGCCUGGGGCGAUGCUGAUGAGGUGCCCGCGGCGACGCCCGACGCCGAGCCCGCCAAAAGUAGCUUCUGGGCCGCAUCGACGCCCGACGCCGCCGCGACGGCGAAGGCCGCGCCCGCCACGAAGACGAGCUUCUGGGCCGCGAGCGCAUCAGAACCGGAGGAGCCCCUCGCCGAGCCCGUGACCUUCGAGCAGGCGACGGGCGCGGCCCGCCUCGAGGCCGCGCGGCGCUGCCGCGCGGCCGAGGUGACCGAGUCCGAGCGCCAGUUCAUGCGCGAGUUCACGGCGAUGAUGGCCGCAGGACUCGUCGUUGUUUUAAGAGUGGACGGCUCGGACGGCGUCGCCGUGACGCUGUCACUACAAGAAUUCCGCAACGAGCCCAUCCUCGAGUGGCACUUCACGGAGAAUGGGGAACGGGGCCGCCUGUCGCUGAGCGACAUCCAGACGGUGCGGGGUCAACAACUGAACGACGAGCUCGCGCGGCGCUCCUUCGUCAUCGAGGGGAGAGAUAGGGUCCUCGUUUUCCACAGCGAGACGCCGGACAUCUGCGCGCUCGUGAUUGACGGUCUGGCGAUGUUGGUGGCCGACCAUAAGAGACGGGCGGCGCGGCGGCGGUCGUCGCUCGGGCCGGCGCGCAAGGCCAUCGCCGCCCGGCGGAGUUCCCCGAAGAAGCCCCUCGCGGCGAACAACUAGACACCUGACAAGUAAAGAGUGUAUAUGCAUGC